UCAGCGCCGUUGCAGUUAAAGCGAACGAGGUCACAGCAGAUCUGCUACAUGGGAAGAAAUCCAGCCGGUCGCAUUGUAGGCCAGUAUCUAACCAGUGAAAGUGAAGCCCUCAGCUUGGUUUUAUGUAGUGGACUGAGCCAGUGGUAAAACACCACGAAUAAGGAUCCCCUUCUUAAUUCCAAAGAACACUAAAAAAGGUAGACGCCCAAAAUUUUGUGUUGCUCCUCUCAAGGACUGUGAUAUCUUGGUGCUUUUUUUCGGGUCUUAAAAUUCUGUCUGGCGACUUUCCUCACGCACAAUAACAAAUUUGGUCAAGUCACAAUGAUAAACUUCACGCAGUACUAUCAGGACUUUCUGGACAGUGGUGAUCCUCGGGUUGCAUCAUGGCCCAUGAUGGACAAUCCCAUGAAAGGACUUACCCUGGUGGUCAUGUAUCUGGGCUUCGUCAAAGUGGUCGGCCCCGCCUGGAUGAGAGACCAGAAGCCCUACAACCUGCGAGGGCCGAUGAUUAUCUACAACUUUCUUCUUGUUGCCAUAAGCGCCUGGAUCUUCAUAAACAUGGGUAUGCUGGGCUGGUUCACGAAGUACAGCUGGCGAUGUGAGCCGAUUGAUUAUUCGUAUAAUCCAGAUGCAAUCAGGAUGGCUGAAAUAGGCUGGUAUUUCUACAUCACAAAAUUUAUUGAAUUCGCAGACACAAUAUUUUUUGUCCUGAGGAAGAAAGAAUCUCAAAUAUCACCACUUCACGUGUUUCAUCACAGUCUCGUACCUAUAACGCUGUGGUUUGGAAUCAAAUUCGGUCCAGGGGGAUAUAAUUCCAUAUUUGCUUUUCUAAAUUCUUUCGUCCAUACAUGGAUGUAUCUUUAUUACGGUUUAUCUGCUCUUGGACCUUCAUUCCAAAAAUAUCUGUGGUGGAAAAAAUAUUUGACUCUUCUACAAAUGGUUCAGUUCAUCCUAGUCUUUGUAUUCAUGUUCCAACUAACUUUCUUCCCAACCUGCCAUGUAUCAAAGCCCCUUCUUGCCUUGAACGUCGUCCAAGCCAUCAUCUUCUUCGUGCUUUUCCUGAACUUCUACGCGGGUUCGUACAAAUCCAGCAAGCGCUCACAGAAGCAAAAGGUAGAGGCUGCCUCGUCCAGCAACUCCGUCUCAAGUUGCUACAAGAAAGAGGACCAAGCAGACAACGAUUAUGUGCGACGCCGCAAGUCAUCCGUCCACACAAUGAAAUACAUGGAUGUCGAUUAUGUCACUGAACCGGUGACGAUUUCUGCCUAAAACAACCAGACUCUUAUUCGUUACUUUCUAUUUAGAUAUUUAGCCAUAGUCGCGACUAGAGAAGCUCUAGUUCAUUUCUGGAAGCAGAACACGGAAGAAAUACUGCAUUUUUUUUUCGCGACCUCACUUUACCAAAGAAUAGUUCAAGAGCAAUCUCUAGUUACUGUAUCCUAACUUGUGCAUCCGAUAAGUGGAUUUUUUUUAUCAACAAGGCUUUACGGGAAUAUCAGCUCUAUCCCUUUCUUUCUGAAAUCACAGCAGAAAAACAAACGUCAUUCUUAGUCACCUACCUCUUGUCACCGUUUUCGUGGAAAAAUAACACAUUUAUUAAAACCUGUGGCACAAUUAUUUAUAAGUAAUGCAGUUAACUGAAAAGAUGGCAGUAGGUUUAUAAGCAAAAUAUCCUAUUACUCUGUUGCAAAAUGAUUCCAUGAACUAUAAAUAGCAUGGCUUGAAUUACUACAGUUUUUCAAGUUUUUGAUCUCAAGAACAUGACACUUUUUAAUUUAUUUUAAAUUAGUGAUCUUGUUCGUUUAGUGAAUUAUUCAGUGAAUAAUAUUUUGUGUUAAUUAUGGCAAACUAAUUCUUCAUGCCAUUUGUCAUGCAAGUUCUAUACCGAGAUGGAUCUUGAAGAGCUUAAUUCUAAGUUAAAAACUAAUCUUCAAGAAAAGGAUUUAGUGCAUUUUCAACAAAACUUCCAAUUUACUAAACUUUCAGCUUCCACAAUCUUACGCCGUUUAUCGUAGCAAACCGUAACCACCAAGUAAUAACAAGCAAAUGUUUCUUAUGCUUCACAGCAAUGCAGUCAGAGAGUGCGUCCUACGGGUAUUUCACAGAAUGGCAAAUGGCUUGUGAACAAUUUUAUAAUAUCAACAUGAGUUAUUUAUAAUGAUUUAAAUUUGUACUGUUCUAUAAAAAAAACUUGUUAUUGGCUUUCUAACUUUCAUAGAUUUCAGUACAACAACAAAUAAUAAAAACUUAAUUCUUAGCACUCAAUGCAAAAUGGAAGAUAGUCAAAACUAAAAUGAUUUUGCACUUUAGAAUUUAAACAAAUGCUUCAUUGCUCUAAAUUCAGUAUUUUAAUUAAAACCUAUUAUUUCAUACAACUAAAGACAGCAAAAGAUGCUACAUAAAAAUUCUUUUUCCUGUACCUAUUUUCUCGGUAUAAAAUAAUUAAAAAAACUUGGAAUUAAAAUUGGUUCUAAAAGAACGCUAGGUGAAAAAGUUCGAUUUAUACAACAGUUAUGAUUUUUUAAAAUCUUAAAAAGCAUUGGACAACAUGCAAGAUCUGAAAUAAAUAUAAGUGAUGUUCUUGAAAACAUGGCCUAUUACACAUAACUUACUUUAUAAUUUCAAUAUAUUGAAUUGUAUCUUGUUCAGACAACGAGCUGGAGAGUUGAAAUCUUUAUUUCAAUAUUUUUAUCAUGAAUUUUAAUUGUCUGCUUUAAAUGAAAAAUCUUAGACCAAUACUUAAAUAUUAAAUACAUUAAAAAUAUCUUUUCACAAUAAUUAAAGAAGUUUUUCAAAUUAAUCAAACAAGAGUGCAAACUAUAAUACAAAAUUACAAUUCAUUCUCUUCAAAAACGGAACUUAUUAUAAAUUUUUAUUUUUGCUGUUUAAUAUACAUGUUUUAUCAAUCUUAAUUUAUUUAAUUUUACAAUUUCUAAUGGAUAUUUUAUGCAUUUUAUGACAAGAAUUAAAUGUCAAUCUUGAUACACGAUUCCCUGUUUUUACUGAUACUUUUAUAUUAAAAUUUCCAGAGCACUGUUCUAUUCAUGAAAAAUAAGAAUUGAUUGAGAAAGCUGCGGUAGAAGAAAUUUUCAGUAGCUAAUAUAUCUAAUGUAAUAAUUUAGAUAAAAAUAAUGUAGCUCAGGCUUCAUUUCAGCCACUUACAAUUCUUGCAAGUCGUCUUCAUAGUUCUUUAUUCUUUUCUAUCAGUAGGGUGGCUUGAAAAACCCACUGCCUCUGAAGAACAAUCGAAAUGCUUUAAAAUGCAAUUUUGUGUUCCAUGUAUGUGAUGGGACGUUAUCAUAAGGAAAAUUUUGUUGAAAACGAAAUGUUAUCUUUUACUGUAUAUUUUAUGUUUGUUUGUAAGUUAAAGGAAAUAUUUUUCUGCAUUUAUUUAAUACUUUGAGAUAUAUUUGGCUAUAGUUUAAAAAAUAAAAACAAAUUCUGUUUUUGUCA